UUUUCAAUUGCAACGUUGAACCGAACACUUGUGAAUUUCGAGUUCCUCAGCUUAUUGGAGAGGUUGUUGAAAAUGCGUGAUUUCGUCCUCUGUUCCCCGCGUAUGUCUCUUGCUUGAUUAUGUUGGAUGAAAGCCUGAAACUCUGCAACUCCCCGAAUCGCAUUAGCCAUUUUCUGCUUUUAUUCCCUCUCCGGUGGUUCGGCCACCGCCCCUUUCCUCUCGCUUCUCGGUCUCUUCCGGCUGCGUCACUGACCCAAAUCCAAUGAUGGGUGUCUAAGUGUCCUCGCCGGGCUUCCCGAAAUCUUAUGAUCAAUUAACUGGUUUUCGGAGGUCGGGCUCAUGGGUUGCGUCACAUCCAGACAGGCGCGCCGCGACGCCGUUUCUUCCCCGGAUUCCUCCACCAUUGCCACCACCCGGGAAGGCGUGAAGCGACGUCGUGCCCGGUCGAGUUUGGGACACUACAAUGUUGGGUUUGGAGGGUUGGAAAAGAUCCAAGAGGAGUCUGAGGAGGGGGAAGAGGAAUGUUGUUCUCCCGCCAAGAAAUAUUCUGGUAAUCCGAAGGCCUUGUCAAAGGUGCAUCCGGUAAAGAAAGCUACUUUUAGUAUCAAAUUUGGGAGGCUAACGAAAGGUGAACAUGUAGCUGCCGGGUGGCCUUCCUGGCUCUCUGCGGUUGCUGGAGAGGCAGUUGAGGGAUGGAUUCCCCUCAGAGCGGACAAGUUUCAGAGAUUAGAAAAGAUUGGACAGGGAACAUACAGCAGCGUGUACAGGGCACACGAUCUUGAAACUGGUAAGAUGGUUGCUCUGAAGAAGGUGCGAUUUGACAACUUCCAACCUGAGAGUGUUAGAUUUAUGGCACGAGAAAUAACUAUCCUUCGCAGACUUGAUCAUCCGAACAUCAUGAAACUGGAGGGUGUAAUCACCUCCCAUUCAUCAUGUAGCAUAUGUCUUGUCUUUGAGUACAUGGAACAUGAUCUAUCAGGACUGCUGUCUUGUCCUGACAUCAAGUUCAGUGAUUCACAGAUUAAAUGCUUUAUGAAGCAACUAUUGUCUGGACUGGAGCACUGCCAUUCUAGAGGGGUUAUGCAUCGAGACAUCAAAGUAUCAAACAUUUUGGUAAAUAAUGAAGGCAUUUUGAAAAUAGGAGACUUUGGUCUUGCAAAUUUUGUGAGUGCAUGGAACGACCAGCAUCCACUGACCAGUCGAGUAGUGACCCUUUGGUAUCGACCGCCCGAACUUCUGUUAGGGUCCACAAAGUAUGGUUUGACAGUUGAUUUAUGGAGUGCUGGUUGCGUAUUUGCAGAGCUUUUCUUUGGGAGGCCUCUACUAAAAGGUAGAACUGAGGUGGAACAAUUGCACAAGAUCUUUAAACUCUGUGGUUCACCGCCCGAUCAUUAUUGGGAAAAUUCAAACCUUUCGCUCGCAGCUAUGUUUAAACCCCAAUUUGCUUAUGAGAGUACACUACGCGAAAGAUGUAAAGAAUUACCAAAAGCUGCUGUAAACCUUAUACAAACCCUUCUCUCAAUAGAACCUUAUGAGCGUGGAACUGCUUCAUCCUCUCUUAAUUCUGAGUAUUUCCAUUCAAGGCCAUAUGCUUGUAACCCAUCAAGCCUGCCAAAGUUCCCACCAAACAAAGAGAUUGAUGCAAAAAUCCGGGAAGAAACAAGGAGGAGGAGGGCAGGUUCCACAGGAAGGGGGUCUGCAUAUUCCAGAAAUAUAAGAGCACGUCGAAAAGGAGUGGCUCCUAUUGAGGAUUUCGACUCCAGUAUUCACUCUUCUCGUAGAAGCAAUGGAAGCAGUAACCACUAUUCUAGAGGAGCUACUGUGGCCAGGGUACCACUCAAAACUCCAUAUGAUACUGUUUCUGAGGCAGCUUCCCAGACAACAGAGAUAUCUCAAGGGGAUAGUAUUCACUCUGUCCCUGUACAUAUGAUAAGCAGUUACAGUGGAUGGCCAAAAAGUAAAAAACAGGACCGUUCAAGAUUGCAUGCUUAGGCUAAUCCAAGAAGGCCACAGGCGAUUUUGGUAAAUGUACCCAUGGAUUCAUUGGGUUUGCCUGAAUCCUUUCACUCACCUGAUAUGCAUCAGUCAUCGGAGUUAUCGGUGAGAAGGGCCGUAAUGGUCAAUUGAAGGACCGUAAUGGUCAAGAAGGGCCUGGCAAUCUCAGAAUCAUUGUCAUAUAAGUCACACAGUAGAAAAGAUGAUCAGACAGUGAAGUACACAUCAAAACCGUUUUGCGAUUCAUAUUUCCAGCCUUAUUACUGAAUUUUAAUUUGCUGGAACUUCAGGUAUUUUUAAUUUUUUUGUGCAAAGUAUAUAAGUUUUGCAUUUCAGCAGGUGUGACUUGAAUGAUUUGGUGUGCCUUAAAACGCCAUUCGUUGGGAACCUCAAAAUCAUUGAACUUUGGCAGAUGUGAGGAUUUUGGGUUCGCCCUUCAGAGUCUGCAUCAAUAUUCGUGGCUCAAGCACAUACAAACGAGUCACGUGAUACGAAUGGAGAGGUCAGAUAAAGCAGAAGAAAUAAGGAAUAUGGAAUUACUAAUUCAGUAAUUCCUAAGGGCAAAACACGCAAUGGAAAGUUUGAUCGUGGCAUUAAUUUGAGAUUGAUGACUUCGUGGCCGAAGUUGCAAUUGAAACAACGAUUGCAUAGAUCAUAGAUAUAUCGGAGGUGGUCCGGAUUGCCAUGGUGGAGGCAGUUGACGGUGACCAACAAUGACGGAUGGGGUGGUUCCUUGGUCAUAGUAAUGGAGGAUAAGUUUUUGAAAUGUUAGGUCUUGGAGUAGUGAAUUUCAUAUGAUAAAACAAAAGAAUGCGAAAUUUUGAGGAGUUGACCUUUGAAUUUUGUUGAUAAGUUUUUGAAAUCUUAAUCUUUUUUGGUAAAUCCGUUUUCUUUUUCUUAGCACAUGAGCCUGACUUUCAUUGACUCUAUUUGUUGAUUCUCGUGCUUUAUCCAC